CUUAAGCUGUUUCGUGUUCUACGGCAGUCACUUGAUCCCACCGCCUUCCAUUCCGCCGCUUUCCAUCCCGCGACGGCGAAGCCGAACGCAUUUUCUGUCUUCUUCCCGAAUCAACUCCGGUUUCUCACGAGACUAUCUUCACUCCAGUCUAUAUCUUCUUCGAGUUCUGUGUUCCUUGCAUGUCCAAUUGGGAUGCCCUAAUUCUCGCUCGGGCGCAGAUCUUGGGAGAGGGAGGUUGAGAUUGUGAUAUCGGAUUGUCAUUUUGGUAAGGAUUGUGACAGAUUUCGUUUGACGACACCCUUGCGACGUGUCGGAGACGAGUGGUAUCGUUUAAACCCCCCGCCUUGCAAGCCAAGCAAUUCCAUGCACUUUUGACCUGUGGGAUGGUGUAGAAAUUGAGAGCCUCUGGAGUGGGGGAGAGCGAGGAGGGAGUUUAAUUGGCUCUACCUCUGUAUGAAUUAACUUCUUCGGCUUGAUUUGAGGUUUCUAGAAUUGAGGAGGGUACUUUGUUUGCCGUCUUUAUUAUGUGUUUCUAUUAUCCCUGUUUUGUACUUUUUCGAUUGAAUUUGGACUUCAGUUGCUGUUUUCGCAAGACUAUGGUUGGUGUGCGUUUGUGAUGCAAUGGGAAGCUGCGGUGAUCGGCAUUUUUUUCCUCUAACGAGUUUGCAGAUUGGGGAUAUGCAGUCUUAUCUUUCAACCUUGACUCUCUUUCUUCCUCCUGAAAGUAAAAAUUUUUUGGUCCUGGUUGACAAUAGACCAUGGUUGAUUGACAAAGAUAAGAGGACUGCUUACCUAUGGCAACUGAUGGUCACCAAGUCAAGGUUAUCUCCUUUUGCAAACACAAGGUCAAAGAGGGAGCGAAAAAUUAGUGUGAGGAAACUUGAUUUUCCAAACAACCACAGAUUCAUACCCAUGAAACUAAGAAGAAUACAUAGGUGGUUCACAUUGAUUGAUGCAGCAACGUAUCAAAAGAGAGUACUGCUACCUGUUGAGAAACUUAAGGAGUCUAUCUGCUUGAAUAAAGAGCUGCAGCAUAUCUUAUAUGGCUUUAUAGUCUUUGAAGUGGCAUGGAAUCAUGUGCGUGGUAUUAAUUAUUUAAAUGAGCUGCAGACUGAUACUUGUAUGGCAUUAGAGGUCAAGCUAAUGAAAAGAUGGGAAUUUGAUAGCAUUGAACAUGCUUUGAACUGCAUAUCUUCAUGGCAUUCAGGGACCAACUAUGAAAGAGUUAUAUUACAGGACCAUCUUGCUGAUGUUGGUAAUAUUGGGGAUGUCUUUUAUGACGCACAGGAAGAUAUUUCAUCCUUUUCCAUUCAUAAUUCAAAUGAUGUUGAAAUUCAAGAUGAUAAACUUUCCUAUUAUCGUUUUUUUGAUUCUUCUUGUCUUGAUAAUCAUGACACAACCAACUAUACUUAUACCCCACCGGCUUUUGGGCCUUAUAAGAAGAGAAAGAUCAUGAAAGUAGGUGAUGAAGUUGAUGAAAUGACUGAGGCAUAUGAUGAAGUUAUUUGCUGUUCAAGUUCUGCAUUAAAACCCCAUAGUCCCAACUGUGAUUAUGUGGGGUUAAAUAUUGAGCCAACCACAUACAAGGAUGGUUUGAUUCUCUUCAAAUUUAAUGAUCAUGAUCUUCCAUUUAAGUUGAAAGAUAUAAUAAUGCCCGAUUUAAGGCUUCUCACUCUGCUGGAGUAUGGUCUUCCUUCCUGGGUUAUUUUCUUCCAAUCAUACCCUGUAUUCUGCAAGAUAUACCGCCCAUGGAUGUGCCCUCUUGCGAGAGCUUUGUAUGUCAUUAUUUCUGUGGUCACUGUUGUUAUUGGAUUCUAUGACUUAUAUAAGAAUGUUCCACUGUUAAAGGCAACUGCCUCUGGCUUGUUUGGGCCUUUGUUUAACUGGAUAGAGUCCUGGGAAAUGAUUUCCAGACUUAAAUAUUUGGGAACCAUGCUAUUUCUUCAUAACUUUGAGAAAGCCAUUAAAUGGUUUCUUAUGGCCACGAGAGCAGCAAGAUCUUUUGUUUCAAUUUUAACUAGGCCUAUUGCUGCACCUCUAAUUGAGCUCUUGGAAUUAGGCAUUCCCAUUUGGAAUAUAUGUCUUGAAACUAUUGAGGGCCUUGGCUUAGUAAUUUGGGAUUUAUUGGAGUCUUCAUACCAUGUGAUUUCUGCCUUGCUGCAGAUGAUACUGUGGCCAUUCUGGCUUCUCUGUAGCACCAUAUCAAGUUUUGCAAGUUUGAUCAUAUGUCCUAUGGUUUGGAUUUUUUGGGAGAUUUUCAUAGCUCCUGUUCGCUUGAUCUCUGGAAUGGUCAAUUUCAUAGUGAUGAUUUCUUGCAAUCUCUAUUUUCUCAUGAGAGACACCUGGUCAUCCAUGUGUACUUUAUUCCAGUUUUCAACAGCAAUUCAAGCAACAGAAGUUACCUCUGAAGCUUCCAUGUGGCGAUCACUUUGGAAUGAUCUUUUUUCUCAGAUUUUUCGUGCACUUCGUAGCAUCCUAUAUGGCUUUGUUGCUUUUUUCACAACCUGCAACAGGCAUCGUUUGAGCAUAUAUAAUCAUAUUCAAGAGCUUUUUCUUCGCUUUUCUAAUGUUACAAAUUCCAAUUUGACUAGAACCAGGAAGAAGAGUUCGGAUGAAAACCAUGCGACGAUGCCGACCCCCUUCCCUCUCACCUUUGCUCACGAAUCCCUUCGCUUUCUAUGGCUUCGAUUCUCCUCCUAUUACUGACUACUCCAGCGGAUGCAAUCAAGCCAACGACACUGAGAUGCUGUAGAAGACUCUUUUCGCUACUGACUUCGACAAUGAUCUCGACCCCAACCUUCUCCCCCAGCGCUUCGGCAAUUCCGCAGCCCUUGCUGGGUUUGUCCCCUUCCACCGAGUUCGAAGGCCGCUCCAACUUUUAAAAUGAUUCAAAUUGUAAUUUUUUGUUUUUGAAAAUUCUCCCGUUGCAGACAUCCAAGAUUGCAAUCCUGCCCUUUUUAUCGUGACAGAAUUAAGGGAGUUAGCUGUGG